AUGCUUCCUCCUCUUCUUUUGUUCAUGGAAAAAGGCCACGACGAGUACCACCAGGUCCUCUAUUUGUCGACGGCUUCUCCAAAUAAACGGUGGCUCGCCACUGCGUCUUCUGACGGUGUAAUAAAAAUUUGGUACACUAGGUCAUUCUCUCUUGAAUGUACGCUUUACGGUCACACUGCUGGUGUUUCACAAGUCGCAUGGUCUUGCGACAGCAAGCUACUCGUUUCAGCAUCAGACGAUAAAACCAUUCGUGUUUGGAAUGUCGAAAAUGGAAAAUGCGAGCGCGUAUUACGCGGCCAUACGAACUAUGUGCUUUGUGUCGAUUUUAAUCACGACGGCAACUUAAUUGUCUCAGGCUCGUGGGACGAGACGGUCAAAAUUUGGAAUGUCCAAGAAGGAAGCUGCCUACGCACGUUACCUGCGCAUUCAGAACCUGUUACGGCUGUGUCGUUUUCGCACGAUAGUACCUUGCUAGCGACAGCAAGUUACGACGGAAUGGCCCGUAUCUGGGAUGUGCCCACAGGCCAAUGUCUAAAAACCUUAGUCGAACCAGUAAAUGUACCGUUAGCCUAUGCUACGUUUACGCCAAACAGUCGAUAUCUACUUGUCAGCAACCUCAACUCCGAAGUUCGUCUUUGGGAUUACCGGACUGGUCACCUUGUUCGACUUUACAAAACGUUUCCUUGCCAGAAAUAUUCAUUACAAGUGGGUUUCCUUGACAAACGAGCUAUUCCUCGAGCAGAACAACCAACUCAUUCCAGCAUUUCUCUAAGUUCACUUAUCAGUGAUCAAAGCACGGUCGCAGAAGAUGCAGACGGCACAAGCCAGGUCACGUCCAGUGACAUACAUGCUACAUCUUCAGCGCCGAAUGCGACAGAUGCUUAUUUACUUCUUCCUUCCGAGGAUGGCCGAGUGAGUAUAGUGGACGCAUCCACUAAACGAGUCAUUGACGACUCAAUUCACGUUCAGCCACCACAUCCCAUCCUUUGUGUCGCCUCUCUCGGUCCUUUUGUGAUGACAGCAUCCAUGGAUACAACGGUUCGCGUUUGGAUCCCUUCACAUUUGCAACCGAAACCUGUUGCUGUGAACGAAACGACUGACUCGUCCGUCGCGGAUGGAAUGAUGGAUACUGUGGAUACUACUGUUGUUUCUAUGGACAUCGACAUUACGCGUUAA